AAUGAUAACAAAUCACCCCGCUUAUCCUAUGAAAGAAAUAGAUAAAUAUUAUUUACAAACCAAAUUACCUGAGUAAAUUAUAUAUAUAUAUAUAUAUUAGAUAUUAAACAAUUCCAAUAAAUAAUCAUUAGAAAAAGAAUCAUGAUUAUUAUAAUGAUAACACCCAUAUUUGGAACAAUCCUCAUCAAGCUUAAUCAAAUACUAAAAUAUUCACAUAACUAAAGGAACAAUAAAAGCGGGGUGAAAAGAGAAUAAAGAAAAUGUUAGAACUCUAAUAAUAAGAUAAAUUGGAGUUGUAAAAGAAUAAAAUUAUUUAUUAUAAUCUUGCAAGAGAUGAAGAUUUGAAUAGAUUAUAAUAAAGAAAAAUGGAAAGAGGAAGUCUCUAAAACUUAAGUUAAUAAUAAAAUGAUGUCUAAGUAGAAAAUAUUGUUUUAAAACCUAUUUUCUCUAGAACUGCUCUUUUGGGUAGACCUGAUCAUUUAUGGAAUAGACUAAAUCAAUAAUCUUAAAAACAUAUCAACAUACUUAUUAAUCCUAGAAUUCUUAAAAUGGAGGAAUAAGGAGUUAAAUUCAUAAGUGAAAAAAUUAAUAAAGAUUUAUAAAUUGAAUAAAUCAAAGAAGAUUUAAGACUUAAAAAUAUGGAUUAAAUCAAACAAUAAAGUACUCGUAGAAGAAUUCUCAAUUUAGAAUUAGAAUAAAAAAGUGGAAUCUCUCCUUCAAGAUAAAGUCUAUAAAGAGUAACUACAGCAUUAACUAGACAAUCUAAAGAUGUUAUUGAAUCUACACUUCAAUAAAUUGAAAAAUAGUAAUAAUCUUAGACUAUAUAAUAAUUUCAUAAUCAAAUUCUUACAUCAUCAUAAUAGAAUAAUCACACCAGCAGACCAUAUACUGUUGGAAGUGUACUCAAUUAGGAAUUUAAUUCUGUUUCAUUUAAUAAUUGUUUAACAAUCAAAAAUGAAUAAACUUAAAUUCAAUCUACCAAUCAACCCUAGACUACUACUCCUGUCUUAAUGUUAAGUAGGUAUUUCAUAUCUUAAAUCUUAGUUAAAAAUCUAAAUCUGCAUAUACUUUAUCCCAUAAACAUCCUCUUGAUAGAACUGAAUAUAAAGGUUUAUUAUUAGCUCAAGCUGUUGAAUAAGCAGAAAGUACAUUCAGUAAAACUUUAUAAGCCAAUAGUUCUUUAUUAAAAGAAACAUCAAUAUAUUUAAAUAAAAGUAAAUAAUAGAUGAUUCCUAAAAAGAGAAGAUAGCUAAAAUGUAGCAAUCUAAUAAAUAAUUAAAAAUAGAAUGAUUCUAAUGAUUUAAAAAAUGUUAAUAAUAUGUUGGAUAGUUUUGAAAGAAAACUAUACAGAUCUCGUAAUUUUUAUGAGGAAGAAAUCUGA